AUGGUGGGCGUCUUCCUCAAUUUCUUUUACUGGCUUUGUAGCAUCUGCUCCACCAAUUCUCUCGAGAUGGAAAGAGAAGAACCCACUCCUUCAGCAGAAGAUCCGACGUACAGGGCGUCUUCCUCGUCGGCCUCUCCUAGUGCAGGUGACUAUGAAGGCGGAACCAAAAAGCCGAAAGGAGAUAAUUACGAAGUGUUCUUGAGCUUUAGAGGGGAAGACACCCGCAAAGGCUUCACCGAUCAUCUCUAUACGAGCCUUGUCAACGCAGGAAUUCGCGUGUUCAGAGACGACAAUGAGCUCCGCGUUGGCGAGGAGAUUGGUCCGGAGCUUCUCUGCAGUAUUACGCAGUCCAAGAUCUCGAUCCCGAUUUUCUCGGAGAACUACACUUCUAGCAAAUGGGAGAUUGGGAAAUGCUAUCAAUGCACGUGGGGAAGUGGACGAAAUGUUGUGAAGGAAUGGGAGAAAGCACUCAAAGAAGUCGGCUCCUUGAAAGGAUGGGAAUCCGAGAAAAUUCAUAAUGGGCAUGAAGGAGCACUUGUUAACAUUGUUGUCCGGGAGGUUUUGCACGAAUUAAGUAGAAAUUUUCGGCUAACUCUUCCCAAAGAGUUGGUUGGAGUUGAUGAUCGUGUGCAAGAGAUUAUGAGCCUGAUAGACGUUAAAAAAUUUACAAAUACAACGAUUAUCGGAAUCUGUGGAAUGGGCGGCAUCGGUAAGACAACUCCGGCAAAGGUCCUGUACAACAAUCUCUCUAGUCAAUUCGAACAUCGUAGCUUCUUGACAGAUAUUCGAGAAACAUGUGCACGGAAGGGUAUUGAAUGCCUGCAAAAGCAACUCAUUUGCGAUAUACAAAGUCCAUAUGGCGGGUCCAAUGUCGCGGAGGGAAUCGGUGUCAUAAGGUCUCGCUUUACGGGUAAGAAAGUCCUCAUUGUCCUUGACGAUGUGGAUGAUAAUACUCACUUGAAUGCUUUGGCCGGAGAGAGUAGUUCGUUUGAAGCUGGUAGUAUAGUCAUCAUAACAACUAGAAACAAGAGUAUUCUUGAGGAGGCUAGGGCAAGCCACAUCUACCAACUCAAAGAGUUGCCUUUGGAUCAAUCGCUGAUUUUAUUCAGUAGACAUGCUUUUCGAAAGGAUUCUCCUCAGAGCGAUUAUGAGGAUAUCUCUCAUGAUGUUGUAUCAACUACUGGGGGGCUUCCCUUAGCGCUCGAAGUUAUAGGUUCGUUUUUAUGUGGAAAGGGAAAAGACGUAUGGAAAGAUACGUUAAAGAAAUUAGAGAAGGUGCCUGAAAAGAAAGUGCAAGAGAAGUUGAGGAUAAGUUAUGAUACGUUAGAUCUAUGA